AUGUCAGAUUAUCUUUCUACUGAACUUGUAGCAACUUGUGCUGCACUUGGUUAUUAUGAUGGGACCAAGUAUCAUUUAGAUAAACAUUGUUUAGAUGUUAUAAAAGAUUUAAUUAAGUAUUUAAGAAGAGAUGAUGAUAAUCAUGUUGUGCGCCAAUUUCUUGGUCAAACAAAGAUACUUCAAACUGAUCUGAUUAAAAUUUUUAUUGAACAUUCUGAUAAAAUUGAACUUUGGGAUGUACUAUUAAGGUUGAUUAUAAAUCUGACCAGUCCUGUUUUGUUAUUUUACAAUGAACAAAUACCUACUGAAAAAAUGCAACGUAGUGUAUAUCAAAAACUUAUUUAUUAUACACAAACAUAUAAGGCAGCAUUAACUGAUGAUCAGAUAUGGGCAACUCUAAACAAUCGUUUAAGUAACAUUCUCGAAAUAAAUAGUUUAGAAAGAGGAGACGACAAUGAAACAAUGAUUGAAAGAAUUCUUAUAUUUAUUAGAAAUGUGUUACAAAUUCUUCCUGAGGAAAAUGAAAAUCGUCUUGAUAAUGAUGUUACUGUUCAUGAUGAGGUUUUGUUUGCCCUUAACGCUUCGGGGCUUGUUGAUUUGUUACUGUUUAUCACUAAUAACAGUAGUGAACAACAGUUUCACUUACAAGUUUUAGAGAUUGUGUCGUUAAUGUUGCGUGACCAAAAUGCAAGUCAAUUAGCAACGUCCGGUUUACAACGUAGUACCACUGAAAAAGAAAGAGACGAAGCGGAGCUCUUAGCCGCUCGACAGAAAGAGAAGCUAGUGAAAAUGGACAGAAUAAGAAAAUAUGCUGUAGCUAGACAUUCCCAUUUCGUCGGUACUUACGUCGUCCAGAAUAUGAAAGCCAUUGGUGAAAAUCAGCUGUUAUGUCACAAACCUUACCAGAAGAUCGAGGCAUUGAACUUCGGCAAACAGAAGAACGUAUUGACGAAGCCAAAAAACAGACGUCCUAUGUCUGAUCCGAGAAGCGAACGUACUUCCAUUCUCAGUGUGAGACUGUUCUUGAAAGAAUUUUGCGUGGAAUUCUUGAACGCUGCUUAUAACCCGGUAAUGCGAUAUGCAAGAACAUGUAUAGUAGGGAACCAGAGCGAUUAUUCGGAAACAACAUGCUAUCUUUGGGCUUUGCGUUUCUUCAUGGAGUUCAAUCGCCAUUACAAGUUUGCAGUGAAAUAUGUGAGUGAAACAAUAUCAACGGAAAUAUUCCAUUUGGUACAAAGGCAAAUGGAACAAUUCUACGAGAUGAUAGUUGUCGAUAAGAAAAAAAUACCAAUUUGGUCUCGUAGAUUACAUUUGGCAUUAAAGGCGUAUCAGGAACUUCUACACACCUUAAUGGCAAUGGAUCAAAGCUCAGAUUGUGGUAUUAGAGAAUCCAGCAAAGUCAUCAAGAGUAACGUAUUUUAUGUUCCGGAAUAUCGGGAAACGAUUCUUUCUCAGCUUCUGUGCUUCGACGAGCUUAAAAUGUCACGGCAAUACCUGGUUGAUCUGAUUACGACAGUACACAUCUUUUUGAAGAUCUUGGGGAAUUAUUGUGGAAAAAAUAAUCGUAAUAUAGUAGUUCAAAACGUCAAACACCAACGGCAUAAGAGUGCAGGAAAGAAAAAAACUGUGCGGAAUGAGCAACCUGCAUUUCGAAGCAUGGAGGAACGUUGGGAUGAGAUUGGCCCUCAGUUGUCCAGCGUGAUGCAGGAAGGGACAAUACCGGAAGUUGUGCCGUUUGACGCAACAUUGGACGUUCCAAUAGACGAUCAAAAAAUUGAAGCCAUGAAGAAGGUUCAGAAGCUACUGCGGACGAAAUUCCUGGAACAAGCUAUUGGUCUUAUUCGCGCGGCAAGAGAAGUCUGGCCUGAAAACGAUUCUUUCGGAGGAGGGAACAUUACACCCGAGGAGGAAUUUCUGGCACUACGAGAAAUUUUCUUUGCAGAUUUGGGCGAAUUGAAUAUGAAUUUUGUUACAACUGUGCUGGGCGUCCAGAAAGAAAAAGAAUUGAGUGAGAUCCGAUGGACACUGCCGUCAGGCGGUUUGCAAAUAACGACUCCUCUGUUUGAGGCGCGUACGCGUGAGGAUGGUGAGGACGGUUUGCCUCACGCACCAAGUCGGCUUGACUUCCCAGGCACGUACCGUUUCGCGCCAAACGGACUCUAUGUAUUAUAA